AGGAAAACAAAAACAAGAUUUAAUCUAUCUAGAGCUAGUAGAAUGUCGUUGUACUUCCAGAACAGUCUACAUCUAGACCUCUAUAGACUACUAUAGAGUAGAAUAUUAGAAAAGUGAUGCCUUGAUUGCCACAUGCUUGCCAGUAAAGAAAGUUAAAGAUGGAUGAUGCCAUUAUGUUAGAUGACUACACUGUGUUCAAAUCACUUGUCAUCCAGAAAGCAAGUCCAGAGGAGCUGGAGUCACUGUUAUUUAAAUCAUGUAAUUUUUUUGCUGAGAACUGUGCAGCCAUUUUACUGACCAUGGGAGUAGAUAAAGAUUGUGUGGACAGUAACAGAAUGACUCCUCUGAUGCAUGCCGCCAUGGUCGGUUGUGUGGAGAUUACUAGCCUUCUUAUUACCUGGGGCUGUCAGGUCAACACAUUAGGAGGUACUGAGGGGAACUCGGCACUGCACCUUGCUGCUCAGAUAGGACAUUUAGAGAUUUGUAAAAUGCUGAUAGCUGCAGGAGCUAAUGUGAAUAUAAGGAAUGAAAAAGAUGAUACUCCCCUGAUCAUAGCAGCCAGCGAAGGUCAUCUGCAUAUUGUCAAGCUUCUUUUGGAGAAUCAUGCUUCCAUUAAUCGCAGGGGCCAUCGAGAAUGUUCAGCCCUGCACAGAGCUACUGAGUAUGGUCACUAUGAGGUGUGCUCUUAUCUGAUAACCUGCAAAGCCGGACUUGAAGAUGAAGACACUUUUGGUAACACACCACUGAUCUGUGCAGCAGAGAAAGGUCACAUCAAUCUAGUCCUGCUGUACCUGGCCCAGGGAGCGGAUGUAAACAGGGUCAGUCACAGUGGAACGACUGCUCUACAUUAUGCUGCCAAAGAAGGUUGGACUGCCUGUUGUAAGGUUCUUCUACACCAUGGGGCUGAAAUAGAUGCUCAAGACAUCCGCCGUUUCACCCCAUUGAUGCUGGCAGUUUUGGAGAGACACAAGAAAGUCCUGCAGCUUAUGCUAGAUGCCAAGUGUAAUGUGAACAUGGUGGCCUACAACCGCAGAACAGCGCUGCACUAUGCAGCAGAGAGGAACUAUGCAGACUGUUGUAGGAUACUGAUGGACUCAGGCGCCCACUUGGAAAGCCUGGAUGGAGAUAGAUGCUCCCCAGCAAUGCUGGCUGCGAUGAAAGGAAACUUAGAGACAUUAAAGCUGUUGAUAUCAAGUGGAGCAGAAAUGAAUCACAUGACAAGGCAAGGGUUAUCUAUCUUGCAUCUAGCAGCCGAAGGUGGCAGCAUUGAGUGCUGUAAACUCCUGAUCCAGUGUGGACUGAGCAUCAAUGCUCGUAACUUUGAAGGUGUCACUCCACUCAUCUGUGCUAUUCGUACAACAAAGACCCCUGUCAUCCUGUAUCUCCUCUCUCAAAGCUGCUCUGUUCAGAAGCUUCAAGGGGAUGCUUAUACAGCAUUGACUGAAGCAGUCUAUAGAAACAUGGACAAGUUUGUUAUAGAGAAAAUAUUGACCCAAGGGGCCAGCCCAAAUGAGACUGACCAUUUCAACACUCUACCUCUGUGGUAUGCUGUGGACAACCUUAACCUUCCAGUGGUCAAGCUCUUAUUGAUGUGUAACUGUGAUUUCCUCAGCGAGACAGAAUCUGUCUUUGCCCCCUGCGUUCUCUGUUCCCCAAUGACACAUGCAGUUCAUAAAGCAAGUCCUGUUCUAGUUCAGUGGCUGGUCUCAGCGUAUGCUGAAGAAGGUGCUUCCAUUCUGCGGAAGAUGAACCUGUACAAUGUUUUCCAUGAUCCUGACAAUUCGGAAUUUGUGUCACUGAUACAUCAGCUUGUUUCUCAGCCUCAGAGUUUAUUAAGACAGUGCAGAAGAACUAUUCGCAAGCAAAUGGGGCAUGGGUUCCAAGUGGGAAAAAAGAUAGCCUGUUUGCACUUACCUACAUUGCUGUAUAAUUACAUGCUAUUCAGUGACCUUGAACCUAAUCAGGUAUCAUUUACUUCCUAGUAAUACUAUAAUCUUCGUAUACAUUUCAGAUUGGAAUGCUAUCAGGUCUCUAGCUAUAAUUAAGUAAUGGUAACUCCAAGCUUUAAUUUAAAGGGUUUUGCUCAUUGGAGCAUACAGUACCUUAAGAAAAAAGUUAUUUUUAAAAAGUGCAAUUUUUUUUUAAGUAUCAAGAGUAUUACCUAAUGAAUAGAUAUUAUUAUCUAUCUUAAGAUAUUAAUUCAAUUAAUACUAUACUCUAUAUGUUCCUAAUAUAUGUCAAAUUUUUUAUUUUUACAUGCUUUUUAAUUACUGAUACUAUUCUUUCUAACUGCUUCUAAUUUCUUUGAGGUUUUUUAAUCAUAUUCAAGUCUUUCUUGAAGGCUGUCUCUUUUAACCUUUUGAUUUCUUAACCUACUGUUGGCCUGUCUGUCUUGUGUAGGUCAUGCACUUCUACUUCCUGACAGCAUCAUUGACUCCACUCUGCACCACUCUCAUAAAAUGAAGAAGUUAAACUAUGGCCUUUGAUUAGAUAAAAUAAGUAGAUCUAAAAUUUCUAUACUAUAUCAAAAUCUUUUGCAAAAAAAUACUUUCGACACCUUUUUGAUUCAUGGUUAUUUUGUAAAACUAGAUCCCCUUUUGAACCUAAAACAUUUUUUUAGGAUCUUUGUUGUUUAAGAAUUAUCAAAAAAAAAUAUUCAGUCUAAAUUUUAUGUAUCCAGUUUAAUUGUUUCAUGUUAGAAAAGUUUCAUUUUACCUUCUUUCUUUAUAUGAAUGCUAACUGCCAAAGGUUACAUGGUGGAGGCUGUAUAGUUCAAUGUUAUGGCUGAUCAUCACUGUCACCAAUGUAUUGGUGGCUGCCUGGUCGUGCGGUUUGCACGCUGGACUGUCGUUCAGAUUUAUCGAUGGUCCCGGGUUCAAACCCUGCCCGCUCCCAUCCCCCGUCGUCCUGCGGGAGGUUUGGACUAGGAAGUAAUUAUCUUCAACUCUGAAGGAACAUCCGAAACAUGUAAAACAAACAAACAGAUCUAUUAUUUAGAUUGAUGCUGACUGAUGACCAAGUAGUUUCCAAACCCUGAUUCUAGAUGUUAGUUACUUUAGUUUAAUGUUAUGAGAUAGAUUUACAAUAAUGUUACUGUUAGUGUUAUGAUUUUUAAAAAAAUUUACAACAAUGUUACUGUUGGUGUUAUGAUUUUUUUUUAUUCAUUUGCUUUAAAAGGCCUAAUUAGGGCUUUUGUGAUUUUGUUUUAUAUGUUCAGAAUUAUCUUGGCAUUAUUAUCCAUCAACCUUUCAAAAAGUAAUUCACCCUCAAUAUCUUGAUUCUAUUUGAUGCAUUUUAUUCAGAUUCUUGAAAACUAGUUUGUAAAUUAUUUUUUUGUUACAGGAUUUUAUCUUUUAUAAAUGUCACAGUGUCUUCGUGCAUGAAGAAUCCAACUCCCUUCUUUGAAGAGAUGUCUGUAAUUUCUUACAUAAUUGAAAAGAAGACUUUUGUUUCUUUGUUUUGUCUCUCUUGGCUGUAGGACUGUUUUAAAUGACUAUUUCUCAGAAUGGAUUCAUUUACAGAUUGUAAAACAAAUUUGAAUCAUGAAUCUAAUGAGAGAUUUAACUAACCUAAGAAUAAAGGUAUUACACAAUUGUAUCAAGACAUUUCAGUAUUUUUUAGUUGUAGUAUUUUUGUUGAGAACAGGAAAUUGGACUGCUCUGUAAGGGGUAAGUAUUAAGUGGACACAGAGUAUGUCAUCUAUUUUUGUUAGUUAUAUCCUAGGUGUAUUUUAUGUGAAAUAAAAAUCCAUUUGGAACUCCAAUGAUGUUUUUCUCUACUGGAACUCAUUUCUUCACAAGCCAGUUUAAUAAAUGACUUUUGAAGUCAUUAUAUUUUUAUUUUAAAUUUCUAACGUGUGUUACGGUGUUAUUAGAUUGUACAUAUCAUAUUACUAAGAGUUAAAAUUUUUGUUUUGUUAGUUGCCAUGAUCUUUUUUAAUUAUGUGUUAUGGUUUAAAGAUUGUUCAGUAUUAUCAGUCAUCAUCAAUGGCAUGUGAUCUCCGCUGUACAGAAGCUAUAUAAGGUGAACAGCUUAUGUGUGUAUAUAAAGUCAGUGUUGUGAUUUAGUCAUUGGAUUAUUUUAUUUUGCUGCUGUGAUGAACAGAAAAACUUUUGCUUUGUAUUCUUCAUGACUGUUUUUAGUUCAUUAAUAUUGUACAAAAAAUGUACUAUGUACACAAUUGAACAAAUACUUUUUUUUUUAAUAGAAUGUUGUUGUACCUUUUUUAUUUCAGAAAUGUGCAUCAUUUAUGAAUUUCAGAAACUGGUGUUUUUCAGGGAGGGUUUUUUUUGUUUUCUUUUAAAAGCUGAAAUCACACACAAUUCUCCCUUCGUAUUGCCCUUGCCCUGGGCAUCCAUAAUGCACAGUCAUUUGUUUCCUUGACAUCUUAGGUUUUAAUUGGUCCCUGUGUUAAUAAGCUGGGACAGUUCCAGGGGUGUAAGGGACACACUUUAAGAAUCACUGUUAUGCCCAUAAGUGUAGCCAAAGCACUUACCCGCAGCUGUCAUUAUGUUUGUUCCUGUCAUUGAUAUCCACCUGAACAAGUAGAUGGAAGAACCCAUCUUGGACUGAGCUUGAUUCUGUUCUAUGGUUGUCACCCAUCUAUUCAUAUUUAAUCUGUAUCUAGGUAGCAGUCAGCAAGACAAAUGAGAAAUGACUUUAAACAGAAAUUACAGUAAGAAGUUAUGAUAACAAAAAAAUAGAAAGGAAAAAAGUGUUCUUCAGCUUUAGUUUCUGGUGUUCUAGGCUUAUUCUUUUUGUUUUUUUCCUGAAAUGUCUACAAGGCUUCUAUCAACUCACUCUGUCUGGUAUAAAACCUUGGACACAUUAUAACUCAUACUCCUUAUUCUUGAAUGAAGUUAAAACUUUACAAAAUUAUUCAUUGUUGAUGACAACACAUAUUUCAACUUAAAAAAUUAACCAAUUAGUUAAUUAAUAGUGGUAAUCAAUUAAUUUUGUUCUAUAUAGAUAAAUCAUGUAAUAUUGAGAGUUUGGGCAGUAAUUGUGCUUUUUUUUUCCAUUGUUACAGACAAAGAAAUGCUUUCAUUUCUGUUUGCAUUCAUUUUUGCUCUGAUGGCAACAACACAAGUAUCUUGUAACAAUUUCUUGAACUCAACUGGCUCUAUUACCCACUCUUCUGUCAUCACUCUGCUUUCAUCACCAUUCUGAGUGUAUAUUCAUGAUUUUUUUGUACAUACUCUUUUCACUAAAAUGCUUGUAACAUUUCUACCAACAAAAUUUAAGUUUUUUUGUUUUUUUACACAUUUUGUUUAAAGUCGACAAAUAUUGACCUUGCAUUUACUAGUUAACAAAAAGUCUUUGCUAUAAAAUGUUAAUCAUAUGCAGGAAAUAUUUAUCUACAUUUUUUUGUUCAGCUUGUCAACCUAUAGUCAUGUAAUUAGAUAUUUCCAUUUCGUAGUAAUUAUCCUUCACUUACUUCCUUUUAAUCUACGGACGAGUAAGUGCUUUUCCAGCUAUGAGCCAUUAUAGUUUUGAUGUUAAACAUGAACACGGUCUACAAAAUAUCUCUGUAGAGAGAGGGAAAAUAAAAGGUGAUAAAAAAAAAUAGAAGCUAAUUGUAAAUCUCUGAAGUGUACAUCCACUUUUAAAUUAUGUUGUGAGAUCUUGAUGUAAUCAUUGUGUAUUAAAACUGACAAGAAAAAUAAAAAACAUUUCAGAACAUUGACAACAGUUUCUCUUCCUAAGUUUAUAGCAAUAACAAUGUCAUUGGAUCUUGUUUGCCUGUCAGUCUGCUGUGUACAUGUACUGGCCCAAUGUAACUAUCUCUUUAAGCUACUGACCCUUUAAGUUUAAUAUUUUUGAAUUAUGUCGAUCGUUGGGGCACCACACAAGAUCUGUUGACCGUCUUUCUCCAUUCCUCUCUGUCUAUUGCCUAGGUUAGAAUCUCUUUCAAUGGCAGGCCUGCCCACUCUUUUAUUGUUGUCUUCCCAUCCCUUUCUUUGUCUGCCUCUUCUUCUUUUUUCCUGGUACUGUUACCUGAAGAAGGUCCUGAGGACCUUGUAAUUAUGGCCAUAGUGUUUUAGUUUAAAAUGUGCCUGUUUCUAAAAAUGUGUAACAUUCUUCCAAAGUCUUUAUCUCAAUUCAUAAUAAAAACCCAAGACUCUAGAUAAACCCAAGACUUAAAUUUUUAUGAAAUCAUAUUUAAAUAUAUAUAUAUAUAUAUGUUUUAACAGUUAAGUCAUUCAUUUUACAAGGAAACCCAAAUACUUUCUUUGACCUACAAAUAGUUAUAUUAUUCACCAGACACAGACAUCUGUUGGUCACAGAAUA